GAUGAAGAAGCCAGACUGUUCACUAAUUCGCAGCUUUACCUGAAUGAUAGAACAACACCAUAUCAGUAAUCACUAUACGGUUCCUGUUGACUCAUAAUAAACCUUUAUACAUACUUUGUGUCACAAUUCAGCUUAAUAUGACAUUCGAUAAGGUUGUAGUUCAUGUUUAGUUCCAUAGACAUGUAUUCAUCAUUACUAUAUACAAAACUAUGUAUAUAUUCGAUCAUGCAUGUCUUUCUUUUUUUUACUAGGACAACACUGAAUCAAGUUAUACUACAUACUGGACAAAAAUAAUACCGAAAUGAAGAAAUAAGUACGAUGGUCUCAUAAUGAAAACGAAAUAUUACUGAUAAUUUCGCGUUUACUAGGAUGCUAGAUGAUGGUUUGAUUGCCACAUCAUCAAAAAUUUAACGGUGUUAACAUAAUCCAACAGAGACUAACGGUCGGUGUUGGUGGUGAAACAAUUCGUAAAGUUAGUAGCCAAUAAAAAAGAAAAAUAAUUCGAGUGGCAAACAUGAAAGAUUUAUGUAACUUGAGUGACCAAACGUGUAAUUUAACCAUAAUACAAUAAAGAAAGAAGAGUGGCUAGGAGAUAUAUUGGCCGCUCCCUCCCUUCCCUUCCCUGUCGGAAAGCAGCUACUGUUUUGUCAUGCGCGUUUUCUGAAAUUGAACCAAUCCAAUCUCUCCUCCUCCCUUCCAAAACGAAAUUAAAAGAAAAAGAAAAGAAAAAAAUUGUGGGUCCCAUUCACUUUCCCCCAAAUCACUUCUCGAAAGAGAAAAAAAAGGAAAGGAUGGAAAGCACCAGCAGCACAGCAGAGAGCAAGAAAGAGAAGGAGAGGAGAGGAGAAAAAAAAGGUUGAAAUAUACCACGCGUUUCCCCAAACUUCCUCAGUCCUCCUCUCCCCCUCUUUCUCUCUCCUUCAAAAACCCUAAUUUCCUCUCUCUAAACCUCCACCAAAUUGAUUCCUCCUGCUCCCCGUUCCUCCAAUCUAUUCGAUCACCGGUGUAGCAAGCUCGACAGAUUAAUACUGCUAGCGUUUGUUCGUUCCCGAUGGACGACGAGGCGAAUAAGAAUAAUCCCGAUCCAGCUGUCGACGACUUCGCCAUCAGCGACUCCAGCUGCUGGACGACGCUCGGAUCCACAGCGGACACUGUCAACUACUUCUUCUCCGGCGACAGGCACGAGAGCUCGAUACUCAGCGACUUCGGGUGGAGCUGUACCGCUACCUCUCCUCCUCCUCCUCUCCUCCACCACCACCACCACCAGAGUAGUGUUGGAGAGAGGGUCGGCGGUCCGGCAGCUGGAAUAGGAACGCCUUCUGAGAGCAGCAGCAGCGGUCUACAAGGAUCCGGCGUUGGAUCCGGAGAUGUGGCGUCGGUUUCGAAUCCGUCGGUGUCGUCGAGCUCGAGCGAGGAUCCGUCGGCCGAGAAGUCGACGGGAUCGGGCGGUAAGCCGCCUGAGAUACCGAGCGGCGCAACGGCGAAAAAGAAAGGGCAAAAGCGGAUCCGGCAGCCACGCUUCGCCUUUAUGACCAAGAGCGAAAUCGACCACCUCGAAGACGGCUACCGAUGGCGGAAGUACGGCCAAAAGGCCGUCAAAAACAGCCCUUACCCCAGGAGCUACUACCGGUGCACGAACAGCAAGUGCACGGUGAAGAAGAGAGUGGAGAGGUCGUCGGAGGAUCCGACGAUCGUCAUCACGACGUACGAAGGGCAGCACUGCCACCACACCGUCGGAUUCCCACGUGGCGGAAUCAUCGGCCAUCAUUAUCACGAUGCAGCCACGUUCGGCGGUGGCGGACCCUUGUUAACUCCAGCGCCGAUGAUGUCGCAUUUCUACCACGUCCCGGCCGGAUUCGCCCACGGCGGCGGCGGCAGCGGCAGCGACACGCCGUCACCGGCCGCCAUGAUGCAGCAGUCACAGCAAGCAGGGGAUCAUCAACAUCAAGUAGCAGGAGAAGGUAGAGACAUAAUUGCUUCGACGCCGACUACAACUAGUUCCCACCGCCACGACCAGCAGCGGGACAAGAUUCCUACCGACGAAGGACUGCUCGGCGAUCUUGUGCCUCCUGGAAUGCGCAACAGAUGAAUUGCACGCACACAAAAGAACAAGGUACGCAACUACUGACUACGUACUAAUUUAAGUUUAUGAGAUGUCACGUUUCCUAGUAAUAUUAUAUAUAUGCCACUUCUUUUCCGGACGGUACUUUGUGCCAGAAUAUGAGGUUACCUAACAAUGCUUGAACCCACUUUCCUUUUUCUUCUUCUCAUUCUUUCGAGUUUUGCUCUGCACCUCUCGUUAACAAUCGGUACUUGUACCAGAAUAUGAUGUUAGCCUGUGCAAUAUGUCUAUCAUGUCAAAUUCAUCGUGAAUAUGCACUAUCUCGCUAUCGUGCUUUCAUAAAUAAAAAAAAAAAAGUGAGAACGUGCUCACAGAAUUUGGGAGCCAUCGGAUCAGGUGAUGUGCCCCGUGAUUGUUGGAUGGGCGCGGUGGGCAUGAGACAUGCCCAACACCCGAUCCGACAGCUCCCUGUCCCGUGAGCACAUUCUCGCAAACAGUGACGGACCCAUAAUUGUCGGAGGGGUGUGUUGCUGAUAAAAUAAUAUAAUAAUUAAAAAAUUAAUAGAAAUUAAAUAGAAAU